AUGCCAAAAUCAAAAUUCAAAAAUGUUGUAAAAAAAUGUAUACUUAUACAAAGUAAAAAUAAUGAUGAAAGAUUUUUAUUUGCAGAUCCAGAAUAUAAUAAUCUAGAAUAUAGUAAUCUAAAACUUUUAGUCUAUGAAUCUGAUAGCAGUAACAAGAAGAAAUUUAAUAAUAGGAAAACAGAACUUAGUAAAGAAGAAGCUAAAUA